GACGCAGGCGUAAUAAUAGAGAAGGUGCCAGAAAGAUCCAAAACAAGUGGCUGCGGCCGUCGCCCAGAAGUCAUCGGACGCUGGAAUCUGGCCCUGGUUCUGAGCUUGUUCCGCACCCCUCCCCUGGGAAUGGCGUUGUCCGGGUCGACCCCGGCCCCGAGCUGGGAGGAGGAUGAGUGUUUGGAUUACUACGGCAUGCUGUCGCUUCACCGUAUGUUCGAGGUAGUGGGCGGGCAGCUGACCGAGUGCGAACUGGAGCUCCUGGCCUUCCUGCUGGAUGAGGCCCCCGGCGCCCCCGGCGGCCUGGCCCGAGCCCGCAGCGGCCUGGAGCUGCUUCUGGAGCUGGAACGCCGCGGGCAGUGCGACGAGAGCAACCUGCGGCUGCUGAGCCAACUCCUGCGCGUGCUAGCCCGUCACGACCUCCUGCCACAUCUGGCCCGAAAGCGGCGCCGGCCAGUGUCCCCCGAGCGAUACAGCUAUGGCAGUCCCAGCUCUUCUUCCAAGAGGACAGAGGACAGUUGCCGGCGUCAGGGACAGGCGAGCAGUUCUUUGGAUUCUCCUCAGAGUCAGUGGGACACAGGUGAGUCUAUACUGUGACUAAUGUCCUGCAUCCUGGUCCAUCAAGGAAAUGGCCCGCAGGGUUCUGUAUUUUGCGGUGUGCCUGUGUUUAUUAUUGCUAUCGGAGGAAGGAGAAGCAUGUGUCCUGAAGCAACAGGGUUGUGUCACAGGGACUCACUCA